GCGCAUGGAGAAGUCGUGAUCUAUGAAAACCGGUCGUUUACAGUUGUUUUAUACGUUGGAUAUGACAUUUAUUACAUGAAUCACUGCUUUUUUGUCAUUAAGGCCGUAACGCGGAUAUAAAAACCUGACGGACUUGGAAUUAUAGCGGUGAACCAUGCAGGCAUCAGUGAGGAGGCUGGUUCUGUAUCCUUUGGGUGCAGCCCGGCUUGGCCCCGUUACAGAUCUUCUCCUGAGGCCUUCACCUCACCUCCUGUCUCCACGAAGCCGCACCCUGUUCAGCGAGACCGGCAUAUGGGACAAAGACUACCGAACAGAGACCCGGCGCCGAGUGGAGGAAUGGUGGCACCCACGGAUCAUGGCUCAGUGGCAGAAGGACUCACCAGAGGAGGGUCAAAGCAAGAAGAAGUUUUAUGUCCUCUCCAUGUUUCCGUACCCAUCGGGACGACUGCACAUGGGCCACGUUCGAGUGUACACCAUCAGUGAUACCAUCGGACACUUCCAGCGAAUGAGAGGCCAUCAGGUGCUGAAUCCAAUGGGUUGGGAUGCUUUUGGGCUUCCGGCAGAGAAUGCAGCCAUUGAGAGAGGUCUGGACCCAGAGGAGUGGACUAAGAGAAAUAUAGAAUCAAUGCGAGAACAGCUGGACAGUCUAGGCCUCUGCUUUAAUUGGGACCGGGAAGUGACCACUUGUCUUCCAGACUACUACAGGUGGACUCAGUAUCUGUUUAUUAAGCUGUUUGAGGCAGGACUGGCGUAUCAGAAAGAGGCUGUAGUUAACUGGGACCCUGUGGACCAGACGGUGCUGGCUGAUGAACAGGUCGAUGAAAAUGGUUGCUCCUGGAGGUCUGGUGCUCUAGUGGAGCAGAAACUGCUCACACAGUGGUUCAUCAAGACCACAAACUAUGGCAAGCCUCUUCUGGACGCCCUAGCAGACCUUCCAGAGUGGUACGGGGUCAAAGCCAUGCAGGCCAACUGGAUUGGCGAAUGCACUGGCUGCUACUUCGACUUCAAACUCAAGGUGAACGGUAAGGAGACAGGGGAGACCCUUUCAGCCUACAGCUCCUCUCCAGAGACGGUGUUUGGAGCGGCGUACCUGGCCAUCCUGCCCUCCCACAGACUCCUGCAUGGGAGCAGCUCGGUCCGCUCUGUCCUGGAGAAAGCCUUUCAGCCGGGCAGAGACUCUCUAACAGAGGUCACCGCUCACAACCUGUUCACCGGCCACGAUGUACCCCUGGUCAUAUCGCACAAAGACGCAUUUGACGGCUAUCUUGACACAGUGAUCGGUGCCCCAGACUGUAGUGAGGAGGAUUUAUCUGUGGCCAAAGCUCUAAACCUGAAGUGGAUCACAGUUCUAAAAAGUCAUGAAGACGGGACAGAAACGCUCAUCAACUCUGAUGAGUUCUCAGGCCUGACCAGAGAGGAGGCUUUUCACUCCAUUACCCAGAAGGCCAGAGAGCAGAAGGUCGGAGGCCACCUUACCAGCUCUAAGCUCAGGGACUGGUUGAUAUCAAGGCAGCGGUACUGGGGCACGCCCAUUCCCGUGGUGCAUUGUGGGUCUUGUGGUCCUGUUGCAGUCCCUGAAGAAGAUUUACCAGUUACUUUGCCGAAGCUGCCGUCACUCUCAGGAAAGGGUGCGUCACCUCUGGAGUCUGCUUAUGACUGGGUCAACUGCAAGUGUCCAAGAUGUAAGGGUCCAGCCAGGAGGGAGACUGAUACCAUGGACACAUUUGUGGACUCAGCCUGGUAUUACUUUAGAUACACAGACCCUCAUAACCCACAAAGGCCUUUUGAGCGCCACCUAGCGGAUCACUGGCUGCCUGUGGACGUCUACAUCGGAGGGAAGGAGCAUGCGGUCAUGCACUUGUACUACGCUCGCUUCCUCUGCCACUUCUGCAGAGAUCAGGGUCUUGUGGAUCACAGGGAACCUUUUCGAAAGCUGCUGGUCCAGGGUCUGAUCAAGGGCCAGACUUUCAAAUUGGCAGACAGUGGACAGUACCUGAAGAAAGAAGAAAUAGACUUCACAGGUAAUGAGCCAGUGGCACUGAACGGUGGUCGUCUUGAGGUGACGUUUGAGAAAAUGAGCAAAUCCAAGCAUAACGGGCUGGAUCCCCAAGAGGUGGUGCAGCAGUACGGUGUGGACACAGUACGACUUUAUAUCCUUUACGCUGCGCCGCCUGAACAGGAUAUCCUCUGGAACGUCAAGACGGACGCCCUCCCUGGCGUUCUACGGUGGCAGUCUCGACUCUGGCAGCUUGUGACGAAGCUGAGGGGAGCUCGGCAACUUGGUGACUUUCCCAACCCCUCCCUGCUGAAGAAGAAGGAGCUGACAGAGACCAAGAGGAUCUGGCAGAACAAGAACUAUGCUAUUAAAGAGGUAACUACUCACUUCACCGAGGAUUUCCUUUUCAACGCUGCCAUGUCUCGUCUGAUGGGCCUCACCAAUACACUGAGUAGUGCAACAGUCCGAGUGGUGCAGCACAGUUUGGAGUUUGAGGAAGCUCUGGCUGCUCUAAUUAUGAUGACAGCACCCAUGGCUCCUCAUCUGGCUUCUGAACUUUGGGCAGGUCUUUGCCAAGUGAAAAACCCUGUCAGCCCACUCCUACGGGGAGGAGAUGUCCUCCAGCAGCCCUGGCCCACUGUGGACCCUGAGUACCUGGAGGCUCCUGACUUUGUGGAGCUAUCUGUGCUGAUAAACAACAAGGCCUGUGGGACAGUGACGGUGUCUGUGCAGGAGUCCAAAGAAUUAGAUCUGGUGCAGAAGCUGGUCCUGGAGAGCCCGCUUGGACAGAAACUUCUCAGGGAGCGGAGCAUCAAGAGAGCCAUCCUCUCUCCCAGAACUGCACUUAUCAAUUUCCUCGUAGAUGAAUGAUGUUGGGACUUGUUUUUGUGAAUGUGUCAGUCAGUGAGUCUUUUUAUGUCAUGAGUCAUAACUGGGGUAGAUGAUAAAGGAUGUUUUACUGUCAUAAAUGAAAUGUAAAUAUGUUUAAAGACAUUUUAUUUAUAUUUUCCAGUUUUUAAUAAAAGAUUCAAG